AUGCCUAGUCUAGUGGUAUCUGGAAUAAUGGAAAGAAAUGGGGGCUUUGGAGAACUAGGAUGUUUCGGGGGAAGCGCUAAGGACCGCGGACUGCUGGAAGACGAGCGCGCCCUUCAGCUGGCUCUCGAUCAACUCUGCCUCCUGGGUUUGGGGGAGCCCCCCGCCCCCACGGCGGGCGAGGACGGGGGAGGUGGGGGGGGCGGCGCCCCUGCGCAGCCGGCCGCCCCCCCGCAGCCGGCCCCGCCGCCGCCGCCCGCGGCGCCCCCGGCCGCCCCGACAGCGGCCCCCGCGGCGCAGACGCCCCAGCCCCCCACCGCCCCCAAAGGGGCGAGCGACGCCAAGCUCUGCGCUCUCUACAAAGAGGCCGAGCUGCGCCUGAAGGGCAGCAGCAACACCACGGAGUGUGUACCCGUGCCCACCUCUGAGCACGUGGCGGAGAUCGUGGGCCGGCAAGGCUGCAAGAUUAAGGCUCUGAGGGCCAAGACUAACACCUACAUCAAGACGCCAGUGCGGGGUGAGGAGCCAGUAUUCAUGGUGACCGGGCGGCGGGAGGAUGUGGCCACCGCCCGACGGGAAAUCAUCUCGGCAGCCGAGCAUUUCUCCAUGAUCCGCGCCUCCCGCAACAAGUCCGGCGCUGCUUUUGGCGUGGCCCCUGCUCUGCCGGGCCAGGUGACCAUCCGCGUGCGAGUGCCCUACCGCGUGGUGGGGCUGGUGGUGGGCCCUAAGGGGGCCACCAUCAAGCGCAUCCAGCAGCAGACCAACACGUACAUCAUCACGCCAAGUCGUGACCGGGACCCGGUGUUCGAGAUCACGGGCGCCCCGGGCAACGUGGAGAGGGCGCGCGAGGAGAUCGAGACGCACAUCGCCGUGCGCACGGGCAAGAUCCUCGAGUACAACAACGAGAACGACUUCCUGGCGGGGAGCCCCGAAGCGGCGCUGGAUAGCCGCUAUUCGGACGCCUGGCGGGUGCACCCGCCGGGCUGCAAGCCCCUGUCCACCUUCCGGCAGAACAGCCUGGGCUGCAUCGGCGAGUGCGGAGUGGACUCGGGCUUCGAGGCCCCGCGCCUGGGCGAGCAGGGCGGAGACUUCGGCUACAGCGGAUACCUGUUUCCGGGUUAUGGCGUGGGCAAGCAGGACGUGUACUACGGCGUGGCCGAGACUAGCCCCCCGCUGUGGGCGGGCCAGGAGAACGCCACGCCCACCUCCGUGCUCUUCUCCUCCGCCUCCUCCUCUUCCUCCUCUUCCAAGGCCCGAGCGGGGCCUCCCGGAUCUCAUCGCUCCCCUGCCGCCUCGGCGGGGCCUGAGCUGGCCGGACUCCCCAGGCGCCCUCCGGGAGAGCCGCUCCAGGGCUUCUCGAAACUCGGUGGAGGCGGCCUGCGGAGCCCGGGUGGCGGGCGGGAUUGCAUGGUGUGCUUUGAGAGCGAAGUCACCGCUGCCCUUGUGCCCUGUGGACACAACCUUUUCUGCAUGGAGUGUGCAGUACGCAUCUGCGAGAGGACGGACCCGGAGUGCCCCGUCUGCCACAUCACAGCCACGCAAGCCAUCCGAAUAUUCUCCUAAGCCUCCUGCCUCGUGUUUCCUGGGGCCCCCUCCCC